AUGGCGCAAGCGGGGCCGCCCGCCACCCCUAGUGGCCCUGUGGUUUCUGUGGCGAACAUCCGCGGUCUGGGAAGGAGUGACCCAGGGCUCUUCAAGAUGAGCGGGGAAGUUUUCGGCUGGAAGAACCGGAGAAACGGAAAGGUGUACCAGUAUAAAAGCGCGGAUAUCGCGGAUGCUCAGUGGAUACACUGCGGGGCAGACCAGUAUCAGCUCAAGAUUGUGCUGGGGGCGCAAAGAAACGACAGUAUCAUCCGGUUCGAUGGCUUUCACAAAAAGAACUUCGACGAUAUCCGGCGGCACUUCCAGGACCAGUUCAAACUUCCUCUCCAUACCAAGAAUGUUGCGCACUUAGGAUGGCAUUGGGGGGACGUUUCGAUGGAUGGGAACAACUUAAAGGUUUCUGUGGAGGGCUGCCCAGCGUUCGAGGUGAAUGCCCAAGACAUCGUACAGGUGACGACGCCUUCCAAGAACGACUUGGCAAUUGAGCUCUUACAAGACGACACGCGGGAUCAAGCCGAAGAUCUGCUUCUUGAGAUUCGGCUGUUUCAACCGGCAACAGGCGACGAAGAGACAAACAGCCAUCUUCAGAGUCUAAAGGAGAAGCUCGUGAAGAAGAGCGGCGUGGCUGAGACGAAGAUGGAGAGCAUCGCCCUUCUGAACGACGUGCCUUUGCUGGUUCCUAGAGGCCGCUAUGAAAUCGACAUUGGUCGUCGCGCCCUCAAAUUCCACGGCAAGUCUUACGACUACACGAUCUUGUACACCAACAUCAACAGGAUGUUCCUGGUGCCGCGGCCGAACUCGCCACACGUCAAUUUCAUCCUCUCUCUAGACAACGCCAUGCGCCAAGGGCAGACUUCCUACCCCUUCGUCGUCCUACAAUUCGAUAGCGAAAACGUCACCUCCGUGGAGGUGAACCUUGAGGAAGCCGAGCUUAAAGAGAAGGGUCUGGAGAAGCAACUGGAAGGAAAAACCUUUGACGUUAUCACGCGCAUCCUCAAGUCUUUAAUUGGGAAGAACGUAAUUGUGCCUGGCGACUUCAAGAGCGUGAAGCAUCAGUAUGGCAUCACUUGCAGCUACAGGGCGCAAAGCGGCCAUUUGUAUCCCCUCAAUCGCUCCUUCCUCUUCAUUGUCAAGCCUGUAAUCUUCGUCCGAUUCGAAGAUGUGGUGAGCGUCGAAUUUAGCCGCACCGGAGCCAGCACGACCAACCGCUUCUUUGCCUUUACGGUCUCAUGUCGUGGAGGUGUCGAACACGAGUUCACGUCCAUCGACCGCAACGAAUACGAACCUCUGGUUGAAUUUCUCACCCAAAAGGGAAUUCGCAUAAAGAACGUCGAGAAGUCAAACGCGGCGAGGACGAGCGGUCUGCAAGAGGCAGAGCUACCCACUGAUGAGGACGAUGACGACUAUGGAGGAGAGUCAGAUACAGGUGCGCUAGGCAUUCAACAAGGGGACUUUCAAACUGUAGCAACGCGUGGCACAAAGGAUGAAGACUUUGAAGACGAAGAGGACGAUGACGAAAGCGAAGAGAGUGCAAGCGAAUCGAAUGAGGAGGAGGACGGCGAGAAGGACAAAAAAAGGAAAAGCCACAAGGAAAGCAAGAAAGAAAAAAAGAAGCAUAAGAAGUGA